AUGUGCGGUGCAGGGGAAAUUUACUGCCGCCAAAGUGAUUGCAUUCAACCCGUUGGAUGGUACAUCAUUGAGCCAUGUGACGCAUUUUCCAUCGCUAACUCUGCAACAACCCAAGCUUUUGAUGGCGUUGUCGGGAGCUUGAACUGGAACGCCGCCACAUGCGGCUGCUCCAUACCAAGAGUCCUAAGAAGACAAAGAUGCAGUUACAGGACUUGUAACGAAUGCGCUUGGAUUGCAAUGAAAUCGACCUUUACAGCUGUGCAGCGGUGGGCUGAAGGGGCAAAAGAACAUCCGGCGAGUUGGGCACAAAGAAACGACGACUACUUAUUGUUUCGAAGGACAAAGACGAGGCUAAAGGGAGAUUACGAGCAUACCCAAAGAGAUAACGGCAAGCAGCGAGCGGCAGGCCUUCAGAGGGACUCUGACGAUACCAACAAUCAUCAGCACGGGACAGCAAAUGCUCUUCCAAACAUGGCAGAAUCGGCUGAUCUUUUACAAUGGCCAUCGCAAAAUAUGUUUUUCGAUGGUCACUUGAACAUCAACAGCUCAGAUCCCUAUCGAGUCUCAGAAGCAGUCUCAGAAGCAACAUAUGGAGAUGAGUGGAAUGGGGGCGUGGAAGACAAGUUGGUGACGACGCAAGAGCUGCCGUUGCCUGCAGUGCCGAAUUCGAAUCAAGAAGCACCAAACAUCGCAUCCGACUUCGGCCUUUAUCUCGACUACCCUCCAGAUGCUUUGCCGCAAACCGUUUAUGAGCCAGCGCAGCCCAUCUCGAUAUUCCAAGAAUACUGGGAUCAGGGAGAAGAUAGCAAUCAACUGUCUCAGCUACACAAUGAAGUCUUGCCGCAGAGUUCUAAUGUACAACACACAGAAGUUGACUUCAACGACCCGUUCUGGACGGCUGUAUUUGCUUCGAGUGGUGAUUCGGCAUUGAACAGCCAUACAAACACAUACGAAGCAAAAGACAGUUGGAAGCAUUGA